AUGGCGCCGAAGCAGAGAACAGCGAGGAAGGUGAGCCGGAACCCCGAACUGAUUAGGGGAAUCGGAAAGUACUCGAGGUCCAAGAUGUACCACAAGAGGGGACUCUGGGCCAUCAAGGUCAAAAACGGCGGCGUUUUGCCUCGCCACGAUCCCAAACCUAAGCCUCAAGCACCUUCUCAGAAGCCUCCCAAAUUUUAUCCUGCUGAUGACGUCAAGAAACCCCUUGUCAACAAGCACAAGCCCAAACCUACCAAGCUCAGUGUGUGCUUUGGCUUCAGGCUUUUGAUGCCUACUGAUGUCAAAAUUGAAGGGCACAUGGGCCCUUUCAAAAUCAAUGGAGUGCCUUUGAGACGUGUGAACCAAUCCUACGUCAUUGGUACAUCAACCAAAGUAGAUGUCUCUGGUGUUAAUGUGGAUAAAUUUGAUGACAAAUAUUUUGCAAAGGAAGCUGAGAAGAAGAAGAAAAAGGAAGAGGGAGAGUUCUUUGAAUCAGAGAAAGAGGAGAAAAAAGUUCUGCCCCAGGAGAAGAAAGAUGAUCAGAAAACGGUGGACUCUGCUUUGUUAAAAGCCAUUGAAAGCGUUCCAGAUUUGAAGGCAUAUAUUGGUGCUAGGUUUUCCCUCAAGCAAGGCAUGAAGCCUCAUGAGCUAGUUUUUUAA